AUGCGGCUCGCCCCAACUGCGCUGUGGUUGAGCCUGGCCGUGGCCCUCAACCUGGCCCCCUUCGGGCCCCUGGCUGUAGGGUGGGCAUCGGCCCGAGCCCCCAUCUAUGUCAGCAGUUGGGCCGUGCGGGUGACCCAAGGUUAUCAGGAGGCUGAGCGCCUCUCACGCAAAUUCGGCUUCGUCAAUCUAGGGCAGAUCUUCCCUGACGGGCAAUAUUUCCACCUGCGGCAUCGGGGUGUGGUCCAGCAGUCCCUGACUCCACACUGGGGCCAUCGCCUGCACCUCAAGAGAGACCCCAAGGUGCAGUGGUUUCAGCAGCAGACCCUUCAGAGGAGGGUGAAGCGUUCUUUGGCGAUGCCCACGGACCCCUGGUUCUCCAAGCAGUGGUACAUGAACAAUGAAAUGAAGCCUGACCUGAACAUCCUGCAGGUCUGGAGACAGGGCCUGACCGGCCAGGGCAUCGUGGUCACCGUCCUGGAUGAUGGCAUUGAGAAGGACCAUCCCGACCUCUGGGCCAACUACGACCCUCUAGCCAGCUAUGACUUCAAUGACUAUGAUUCGGACCCCCAGCCUCGUUACACACCGAGCAAUGAGAACCGGCACGGGACCCGAUGUGCUGGGGAGGUGGCUGCCGUAGGUGACAACGGCUUCUGCGGCAUUGGCGUGGCCUUCAACGCCCGAAUCGGAGGGGUGCGCAUGCUGGACGGCACCAUCACCGACGUCGUGGAGGCGCAGUCCCUCAGCCUGCAGCCGCAGCACAUCCACAUCUACAGCGCCAGCUGGGGCCCCGAGGACGACGGCCGCACGGUGGACGGCCCCGGCAUCCUCACCCGGGAAGCCUUCCGGCGCGGCGUGACCAAGGGCCGCGGCGGACUCGGCACGCUUUUCGUCUGGGCCUCGGGUAACGGCGGUCUCCACUACGACAACUGCAACUGCGACGGGUACACCAACAGCAUCCACACGCUGUCCGUGGGCAGCACCACCAGGCAGGGCCGCGUGCCCUGGUACAGCGAGGCCUGCGCCUCCACCCUCACCACCACCUUCAGCAGCGGCGUGGCCACCGACCCGCAGAUCGUCACCACGGACCUGCACCACCAGUGCACAAAGAGGCACACAGGCACCUCUGCCUCGGCCCCGCUGGCAGCAGGCAUGAUCGCCCUGGCUCUGGAGGCCAACCCUCUCCUGUCUUGGAGGGACCUGCAGCACCUGGUGGUCCGUGCAUCCAAGCCCGCCCAGCUGCAGGCAGAGGACUGGAAGGUCAACGGUGUGGGGCGCCAAGUGAGCCACCACUACGGCUACGGGCUGCUGGACGCCGGGCUGCUGGUGGACUUGGCUCGCACGUGGCUGCCCACAAAGCCUCAGAAGAAAUGUGUCAUCAGGGUUGUCCACGCCCCGACCCCCAUCCUGCCGCGGAUGCACGUACCAAAGAAUGUGUCGGCCUGCUCCGGCCGCCACCGGGGGAUCCACUCGCUGGAGCACGUGCAGGUGCAGCUCUCCUUGUCCUACAGCCGGCGGGGGGACCUGGAGAUCUCGCUCACUAGCCCCAUGGGCACACGCUCCACUCUCGUGGCCAUCAGGGACACUAUACCGCUACACACUGCUGCUCUACGGGACGGCCGAGGACAUGACCCGGCGGCCCCCAGGCCCCCAGGUGACCAGCAGUGCGUGUGUGCGGCGGGACACAGAGGGGCUGUGCCAGGGUGA